AUGUCCUCCCGGACACAUUUCCCUGAGCUCUCAGCACAGGAGCCGGACUUUCUAAUGGAAAUGUUGGCUCAAGACGCAAAGAACUACCACGUCUGGACAUACCGACACUGGUUAGUGCGUCAUUACCGAUUGUGGGACUCACCACGCGAGCUCCAGGAUGUCGAGGCCCUGAUCAAAGCUGACGUGCACAACAACUCCGCGUGGAACCACCGGUACAUGUUGCGUUUCGGGCCACGCGAGAACGAGCCCGACGCCGGAAUGGUCAAUGCGGGAAAUGCGCAGUCCACGGCUGCGGAGAAGGGCGUGCAGUCUGUUGUUGAUGAAGACCUUGUUGAUUUAGAGCUGCGUUACACGCAGGAGCAGAUCUUACGGGCGCCUGAGAACCGGAGCCCCUGGUGGUAUGCCCGUGGGGUGUUCCAUGCGGCCAAUAGGAAGCUGGCGGAGUGGGAGGGGUUUGUCUCUCAGUUUGUUUCGGCGGACGGUGACUCUGUCAAGAGUAGCCAUGCUGUGGAGUGGUUGGCUGAUGUGUAUGCCGAGGCCGGAGGGCAGAGUACCAAGGCAGCGGAUAUGCUUACCCUGCUGAAGGAGAAGUAUGAUCCGAUUCGGAAAAACUACUGGGACUAUCGGAUUCGCCAGCUGGAUGUGAUGUCUGCAUGA